AUGAGAAGCGGCGAUUAAAUCGGUGUAAAUUAGAAGAGAGAAGAGUCUGACAACAUUAAAUUUUUAUGAACGAACACCAAAGCAAAACCACAGAUUAGAUUCAGAGAUUGAAAAAUAAAUAAAUAAAACCAGAAGACGAAAAACCAUCCAAAUUUCUUGAAUCUCUCACUCUCUGCUCUGUUGGGAGGUUUGUUUUUCUUUAUCGCCGUCAGCCAUGGCGAUCGCAGCAGCAGCUGUGGUUCUUCCUUUAGGUGUUAUGUUCCUUUUCUCAGGCAUCAUCGUUAAUAUCAUUCAGGCAUCUUGUUUUGUUCUUGUUCGACCGAUAUCCAAGAGUUUGUACAGGAGAAUCAACAGAGUAGUAGCAGAAUUAUUGUGGGUGGAGCUUGUAUGGCUUGUUGAUUGGUGGGCUAAUGUUAAGAUUGAAUUGUAUAUGGAUCCUGAAACUUUCCAACUAAUGGGUAAAGAACACGCACUUCUGAUAGCGAAUCACAGGAGUGAUAUUGAUUGGCUUGUCGGAUGGGUUUUAGCUCAGCGCGCAGGUUGCCUUGGUAGCGCUCUAGCUGUCAUGAAGAAAUCAUCAAAGUUCCUUCCGGUCAUUGGCUGGUCAAUGUGGUUUUCUGAGUACCUUUUUCUGGAAAGAAGCUGGGCCAAGGAUGAAAAUACUCUAAAGUUAGGUCUUCAGCGACUGAAGGACUUUCCUCGUCCAUUCUGGUUGGCUCUUUUUGUUGAGGGAACUCGAUUUACACAAGCAAAGCUCUUGGCAGCUCAAGAAUAUGCAACUUCACAGGGGUUACCUGUGCCUAAAAACGUCUUAAUUCCUCGUACCAAGGGUUUUGUUGCAUCUGUAAGCAAUAUGCGCACCUUCGUUCCAGCUAUUUAUGACGCAACAGUUGCCGUACCAAAAAAUCAGCCCUCUCCUACAAUGCUAAGACUCUUAAAGGGUCAACCUUCUGUGAUCCAUGUACACAUCAAGCGACAUUUGAUGAAAGACUUGCCCGAGACAGAGGAAGGAGUUGCACAAUGGUGUAAAGAUAUAUUUGUGGCCAAGGAUGCUUUACUGGACAAGCAUAUGGCAGAUGACACAUUUGGUAACGAACAACUUCAAAACACCGGUCGGCCAAAGAAAUCUUUAUUGGUUGUUAUCUCUUGGUCUAGUCUCCUUGUAUUCGGGGCAAUAAAGCUCUUCAAAUGGUCAUCAUUCCUAUCUUCGUGGAAAGGAAUUGGAUUCUCAGUUGCUGGUUUGGCAGUUGUUACACUUCUUAUGCACAUUUUAGUUGUCUUCUCCCAGUCAGAACGUUCCACCUCUGCUAAGGCAGCAAAUGCCAGGCAAACACUAAAACAAGCACCUUCAGAUACAAGCCGAGAUAAACAACAGUAGCAAGCAGCCUAUAAAUCCCUCAUUAUCAUUGAAAUAUUCCUGCAGACCUGUUUUUUUGUGCAGCCAGUUAUUAUCUAAAGCGCAAUUGAAAGAAAGUCGUUAUUUUGUGGAUUUCUUAAACGAUGAUGAUAUACACAGGCCAUAUUUAUUUGUUUUCUGCAUCCUGUUCUCUUCUUUUCUCUUCAGAUAGCAUAAUAGCAACACCCGUAUGUUGUUAGGUUUUUCUUUUUGUAGCAGAAAACAAAUUGAUUCCCUAUUGUUAAAACCUAUAAGUAGGUUAAUGGUGUACCAGAUUUUAAAGUAGCUUAUUUCUAGUGUUGUACCAUUUUAUCUGUAAGAUUCUUGUUUCUAUAUUUCCUCAUUCUUUCUUUUUCA